UCGGUACUGCAAGGUGUACACGCGGUGAGUUAUACUACUAAAGGCUGGUUGUUAGACAGACAUUCCCGUUAUUUUCAAUUCAAGAAUAAGUAUUUACGAGGAAAGAAUACUAUCCUACCUUCGGAUACAAAUAUUGUUUGAACAUUAAUUGCUGUGUCAAAAAUGGGCCUAGGACAACAAGAACCUGCUACUCCUACAAUUGAAAUUAUUCAAGACCUUGAAAACCAAUCCAAGUCCUCUUCACCAAUAUCUGUACCAUCAACACCUCUGAGUCUAAUCGAAAAAAUCAAAAACAAAAUUGCCAUGGAUGAAAAAUUUUUCUCCUUGGAGUUUUUCCCUCCGAGAACUCCAAAUGGUGCCGUGAAUUUGUUGGGGAAAUUUGAUCGUGCUGCGAGAGGAUGUCCAAUGUUUUGUGAUAUAACGUGGCAUCCUGCUGGGGACCCAAGUGGGGACAAGGAAACAAGUUCUAUGACAGUUGCGAGUGCUGCUUUGAAUUAUUGUGGGCUGGAAACUAUGUUACACAUGACGUGUGCUAAUACAACAAAAGAUGAUGUGACUAAGCAUUUACAAAAGGCCAAAGGACUAGGAAUAAGGAACAUUUUGGCUCUUAGAGGCGAUCCACCAGAUGGUGAUGAAUGGAAAGCCCUUGACGAUGGGCUAGCAUACGGUACAGAUAUGGUCCGACACAUCAGGAAAGAGUUUGGAGAUAACUUUACUAUUUGCGUAGCAGGAUACCCAGCUGGACAUCCUGACUGUAACAACUAUCAAGAAGAUAUUCAACAUCUAAAGGAGAAAGUAGAUGCUGGAGCUGAUUUUAUCAUCACUCAAUUGUUUUUCGAAAACAAAACUUUUUUUAAGUUUGUGAAAGAUUGCCGUGAAGUUGGUAUUACUGUGCCAAUUAUACCUGGAAUUCUUCCAAUCCAGGGGUAUGCAUCUCUUCGGCACUUGGUUAAACUUUCAAGAUUAGAAAUACCUCAGUCAAUCAUUGACGCUCUUCAGCCAAUAAAAGAUGAUGAUGAAGCCAUCAGAAAACUAGGCAUUCAAAUGGCUCUUGACAUGUGCAGGGAGCUUCUGGAUAGUGGUAUUGUACCUGGAUUGCAUUUUUACACACUAAACCGUGAAAUUGCAACAAGAGAGAUUCUGUGUGCGUUGGGCUUAUGGUGCAGCGAUCCUGCAGCUAGCCGUCCAUUACCAUGGAGAGCAUCAGCCAAUCAGAAGAGAUUCACUGAAGAUGUGCGACCUAUAUUUUGGGCAUCAAGACCAAAGAGCUAUCUUUACCGCACUUCUGAAUGGGAUGAGUUCCCUAAUGGCCGUUGGGGCAACUCUUCUGCCCCAUCAUUCCGAGAUUUAUCGGACCAUCAUUUUUUUUAUUUAAGAAGCCGAGCAAAAAUAGAUGAAAGAUUAAAAAUGUGGGGAACAAAGUUGGAAAGAGUGGAAGAUGUGUAUGAAGCAUUUAGUUGCUAUAUCUCUGGGAAAGAAAACAGAGAGGGAGUCAAGGUCAAAUCUCUGCCGUGGAAUGAUGAUGAGCUGGCUUCAGAGACUGACAUCAUCAAAGCCAAACUUGAAUAUUUGAACUCUGAAGGCAUUUUAACAAUAAACAGUCAGCCAGCUGUGAAUGCAAAACCAUCCACAGACCGUUUGGUGGGCUGGGGAGGUGAAGGAGGUUACGUCUAUCAAAAGGCAUACUUGGAAUUUUUUACAAGUCCAGAGACUGUCUCCAUACUUUUAGAGGUCCUGAAGGAUUAUCCCUUGGUGAACUAUCAUGUGGUGAAUGCUGAGGGCACAGUUGACAUCACAAACUGCCACCAGGAUACACCAGUUGCUGUGACAUGGGGUGUGUUUCCUGGUAAAGAAAUCAUGCAGCCAACAGUGGUUGAUCCAAUAAGCUUCAAGAUCUGGAAGGAUGAAGCGUUCUCCUUGUGGGAGCAGCAAUGGGGUCGCUUGUACCCUGAGGAAUCUCGCUCCAGGAAGGUCAUCAAUGAAAUCAUUAACACCUUCUACCUAGUUAACUUGGUGGACAAUGACUUUGUAAAAGGAACAUGUUUAUGGCAUGUUCUAGACAAGGUUGUAAGUAUCGCCAAGAGCAAGGAGGAUACGAAGGAGAGCCACACGAGCCAGCCAAUGCAACUAUGAUUGUUCAAGCUCAUUUAGUUAUUACUUGACAGUGAGAGACUCUUUAGUUCGAUACUGACAGUAUUGUCAAACUAGCAAUGAAAGCUAUGCUUUGAGAAUAUGAACACUGUUGUAAGAUUGUAAUAGCCCACCUCCGAGAUAUGCUUCGCUUGUCACGCACAAAGGUUUCAGUAUGAGGCUACGUGCUAAAUUAAAUUAAUUCUUGCCGCCUGUCAAGAAUGACUGAGCAUUUAGCACGUAGCCUCGUACUGAAACCUUUGUGCGUGACAAGCGAAGCAUAUCUCGGAAGCGGGCUAUUGAAAAGACAAGAAAGUAACAAAAUAAAGAAGAACGAAAUAUGUGCGUAAAGCACGAUUUAGUUUGAAUUUUCGUUUGGGGAAUAAUAGUGACUCCUACUAAAAAGUCUUUCCAAUAAUUUAGUUAUAUCGACUCUAAGAUAAACUUUGKGCUUUAAAAAUAAACUUGACAAAAAUAAAGUACACUGAAUUAUAAACAA